GCCCAGCAUUAUCCAAAGUCGUUUGGAAUCGUCCGGAAUCUCCAGGAGUCGUGCGGAGUAGUCCGGUUGUUAAAGUUAUUCGUUACCCAAAUAACGGCUUACUAUAAACUCAUAACAGAGUCGAAGUCACCCGGAGUCAGCCGGAGUCGUCCUUAGAAACAAAGGCGCCACAAAGUGAAAGACAAAAAACAAGAAGAAAGGAAAUGCUGGAUCACAUGCACAUUAUACCGGACGACUCCGAACGGCUCCGGGCAACUCCGAACGACUUCGGACGAAUCCGUCUCCGGGCAGAACUUCUUCUUCUUCUUUUGGCUCAACAAUCGUUGUCGGUCAAGGCCCUCCUGUACUACUUGUGUGGUUGGCUCUCAAUAACUUUUGGAUUACCCCCCAUAGCAGGACAGUCAGUCCUACGUAUGGCGGCACGGUCUAUUUGAGGCUUGAACCCAUGACGGGCAUGUUGUUGCCGGGCGGAACUAGUGGUUCAGAUUUUGACGGAGUCGGAAUCGAACGAACAAUAGCCGGAGUCGGAUCGAAAUCGUGGGUGCGCUCCAAAGAGCACAUCACUAGUGUGUAGCACGUAGCGACACACCAAGCAUGUGUGUGCGUGUGCGUCUUUUGAAAAACAUCCGUCAAAUGAAAUCAGCUUGUUGACAUUCACUGCGACGCUAGAGUACAGGACGCGCACAGAUUUCUUUCAACAAAUUGUGCGAUAAAAUAUCAUAAAAAGAUUACACUCUGCUCAACAUAGAAAGGCAAUAACGGCAAAUCAUGGCAACGCAACGUGACAAAAAAACGGGCAACAUUUACAAAAUUCGAGACAAGCUAGAGAGCAAAUUUGACGAGGAGUUUGAAGCAGAACAAAAUUAUUUACGAUUGAAGCGCGAACAGGAAGCAAAAACGAAACUAACCAGCGAACUAUUGCUGACCUGCGAAGAGCAGGAUCCAUUCGCUGACGUGGGCGAACCAACGAUCGAGUUCAGCUUGCUUACGACCGUGCUGCAACACAUCGGACAGCUCAACCGAAAGGUGGACCACAUCCAGAAGGAGGUGGAGGACGUUUCGAUUCGUGUGCUGCGGGUGGAGAAAAAGCUCGGCACAACGCUAGCCACCCUCGAACAGCUGAAGGACGUGGUGAGCAUUAGCGAGCUGGCACAGAAGAGCUCCGAUCCCGAACUGGCCGGAUUCGAUUUUAACGCCGUAAGCAACGAGGAGGAGCUGAACGAGCUGGACUUCAAGCUCGGAGCUGACGCAGAGUACCAGGGCAAUCUCACCAAAUGGCUGAAUGUGAAAAUAGUGAGCGAAGAUUCCAAAAACCGGCUGCACGAAGCAAUGGAGAUCGUGUUUAAGCGGGAUUUUCUGCCGAAAUGUAGCUGGAAGGGGCGCUCCAAACCCGAGCCCAAAAUCCCGAUGAGCGCUCAGCGAAACAUUAUGGAACUGUUUAGGGUGGUGGGAAGUAAUCGGUUUACCACCAUCACGGAUGCGUUUGUGGCCAAGUUCUUCCAGAAGAAACUGCCAUAUGCAAAGAAUCGAGUGCACUUACAACGCAAUCAAAGAAAGGGCUGCCGGUUGCAUGUGAAAAAGCAACCUGAUACGACUGUCCUGCAACACCUUGCUGGAGCUCAGCAAAUUUCGAUCCAAUGUCGAGCGGAACCGAUAACAGUGAGUCGGGUUAGUGACAACUGUAGGAUUGUUGAGAAUGCUUAGGGGAAAACCCCCUAUGAACCACGUUAUGAGAUCAUGUUCGUUGUAUAUUUUUAGUUAGGUGCCGAUAUGAUUAAUUUUGCUUACAGACAAAAUGAAUAAUUUGUUAGAAUGAAAGACAACAAAUGAAAUAAGUAGAAAAAAGGUAUAAUUUACUGAACUCAUCGAACAUGGAAUUUCCAGAACACUUUUAGCCAAUUCGGAACAGCCCGUACUUCUUUCGCCGAAACAGACGGUUUGAAGCGCGCAAAGCUUACAUGUGUAUGUGUGUAGCCAUCUGAAGAUGGGUGCAUGCGAGUGCGUGUGUGUGUGAGUGCGCUGCUUUUUGACAAACUUCAUCGAACUGUCAACGGGCUAGGCGAUUUGUUUAUUCUCGAAAAGACGCUAGCA